UGUUCCUCUAAUAGAAUGUUUCAGAACUCAGUGCUCCGCUUGACGGCCGAUUUUCCUGCAGCUUACACAAAUGCUAUCGUAGUUGGUAACAAUAUUUGCGGCAUAUUCAUCAGCAUUCUCUCCAUUGCUACAAACCUAGCGUUCGUGGCCGAUAAAUCGGUGGCAAUGUCAUACUUUUCAAUUGUGUUGGCUGUACUUAUCCUCUGCAUAAUAUCGUUUUUCUAUUUGACUCACGUAGAAUUCUACAAGUAUUAUGUCAACAGAGGUAAACAAGCCCGUAUUGCCGAGCACGCCAAACGGCCCAGCUUACGACAGUAUUCCGAGACUUUUAAAUGCUGUUUUAUGCAACUACUCAGUGUGUUUCUGGUAUUUUUUGUCACACUUGCUGUGUUCCCUACAGUACUGGCUGGAACGACACCUAACCGGAAAGGCGAAAAGUGGAACAGUGCUAUACCUAAGGACAUCUAUCUCGGCCUCACUGUUUUUCUCAACUUCAACCUUCUCGCAGCCAUCGGUUCAACAACUGCAAACUUUGUGCAGAUCCCAGGACCAGACAAUAUUAUAAUUCCUGUGCUCCUACGGCUACUAUUCAUUCCAUAUUUUAUGCUCUGCAACUAUAACGCAGACGAUCGCGUGAUGCCAGUGCUUUUCGAGAACCAAUGGUUUUUUAUCAUCGGUAACGCAGUUAUGGCAUUCACCAGUGGCUACUUUAGCUCGCUUGCUCUGAUGUAUGCUCCGAGGUAA